CUAGUAAUCAAAAUAUGGUAUUCUGUAUAUAUUCAUCUAUGAAGAAAUCCUAUAAAAAAACACAUUAACUCUCCAUUAUAAAAGGGGUGAGUAGUACUACUUUUACUAGAGAGUGCGCAGAUCUCAGUUUACCACCUGAAUAUUCCCCAAUCCCCAAAUUAGUUUCUUUUCCAAUCAAUUUCUAUGCAGAAAUUCAAGUUCUUAGCAACCCAAUGCGCCGUCACCGGAAGCCCUACCCGGAGCCCGACGACCAGCCCGGUAAUCCACCUCCGCCGCCGCACAACCCUCCGAAUGCUUCUCACCCGCAGCGGAAACGGACCGGCCGGCCGCAGGAGGCUGCCACCUCGCUUCGAUCGCAAAAUUGAAGAGCGCUCGCCUGAGAAGGCCUCCGUCGCCGUCAGCCACAAGCUGAAGGAUUUGUUCGUGUCGUCGCCGCCGUCGUUUAGCGAGAGGGCUUCGGAGAGUGUUGGAGAGAGGCUGAUGCCGGGGGGCGGAGGUAGGAGAGGUGGUGGGGCCCGCGCGCUGUCGGUGACGUUUCGGCAACGGUUGUUGAGGAGGGCUUGGCGGCCGGCACUUGUCGCCAUACCUGAGUGACCAUUUGUUCAAUUUCUGUGGAAAAUUUUGAGUGCUUUUUACGUUUUAUUAUUAUACUAAUGUUUUGAGGGAUCAUAAUUAAAUAUUUUGACCGUUUCACUUCUUACAAAAUUCGGAUAAUUGAAAUGAUAAUUCUCUA